UUGCCAGAGACAGGAGCCCAAGGACAAACUAAUGUGAAGACUCAAUAUUUUUGUUACAGACAAGAAUGCUGUGAGACAGUUUCCUCUGCUGACAGGUUGCGGUGGAAGGCUACGUUUUCAUAUGAACGUACAAGAUUGGUGUUCCUGUGCACAUACAGGACUGUGGUGUCUGCUAAAUGCUAGGGUGUCUGAACAAAAGUCUACGCACCGAUGAACUGAGGUAGGAUGUGACCUACUGACCCCAUCUCAGGGACAUGAUGUCACAGGGCAGAGGAAUAAUUUGGGAAGGGAGUGGAAGGCAGAUGCACUUGUUCAUUCUCGCUUACCUUCUCCUCCUGGCUUUGCCAUGUAUGGGCUUCCUCCCCAACUUUUGGUCUCGAGUGUUAACGCUGUCCUGGGACUCAUACACGCACCAGUACAUCACAGAGCAGGCUGUUCUCAAUGUCACCCUGGAGACUCUGAAGGGGAGCAGAAAACAUCAGGGAAACCAUGCAGAGGAGCACACCAGACUGGGCCGCGGCUUCUGGAGAGCUGUGGGAGAGGUGGUGAAGUCCAAUGCGGCCAUGGACUUCUGGAGCCACACCAGGUCCGAUCCCGUGUACCACUUUGAUUCAGAGCGGGUAGACAGUUCCAUGGGGAUGUUGCGGCAGUUCUGGACACAGACUCUGCUGUCAGUACGGGCCAAAGAGUACCAAAGUGCUCGCCAAAGCUUGGGCCAGCUCUUUCAUUCCCUGCAGGACUUCUACAGCCACAGUAACUGGGUUGAGAUGGGCCAGCGCGCCAUCUACCUCCACCUGCUGCAGCCAGAGGAGCCGGCCAUCCCUGUGGCUCAAGGAGACACUCCUACCUGUAUGGAGUGCUUCAGUACCACCUGUCGAGACAACCUCCUGCCAAGAAUGAAGAACACACAGCAAGACACCCAGCUGCUGACCACUGGCUAUUUCAGCACAUUCCCUCCAAAACCACAUGGCAAAUGUAGUCAUGGAGGUAUUAUGGACAGUAGCCGCUAUAUGGGGGCCAAAGGGGGCAUCAACAAGGACAGCACCUCACCCCUCUUCUCCCCUCACCAUUAUCUCCAUGUUGAAGCUGCUAAUUUGGCUACUGAGGCCACGCUGAGUGUACUGAGAGACCUCAGAGACACUGUGGGCCAUAAAAUCUUCCUCAAGCUUUUCAGUGUGAAGCAGGUCCCUGCAUUGGUGUUUGUCAUGGACACCACAGGCAGCAUGUUUGAGGAGAUCACUGCUGCUCGCUACCGAGCCCACGCCAUCAUCCAGAGCCGAGCCAGUCGACCUGCGUACCAUGGCACCUUUGUACUCGUGCCCUUCCAUGACCCAAAGGUAGGACCAGUGUAUGAGACCGAUGACCCAAACCAGUUUAUGCAGCAUAUGGAGGACCUGUUUGCGCUGGGAGGAGGGGAUGAACCAGAGAUGUGUCUCUCUGCCAUUCAGCUGGCUCUCACCCAUAGUCCACCACUGUCAGAGAUUUUUGUAUUCACUGAUGCCUCCCCUAAAGACGCCCACUUGUUUGAUGCGGUAAAAGCCCUGGCACUUGAGAAACAGAGCAAAGUGACUUUUCUCCUGACCGAAGACCCCAAAUACACAUCAAAGGGCAGAGAGAGGAGGAGGAGGAGGAGGAAUAAGGAACCUUUGUCCCCUGAUCGUUUCUCUCUCUAUUCUUCCCUGUCCUCCCUGUCAGGAGGACUGACAAUAUUCACCACCAACUCUGAUAUUCACAGGGUCUCUACCAUAGUGGAGGAUUACACCACUGCUGACAAGGUGACCCUCCUCCAUGUGGAAAGUGACCAAGAGUUGAUGUCCUCCCAUUCCUUCAGAGUGGACAGCUCAGUAAAAAAUGUCACACUUCAUGUCACUGGCAUCCUGACAGAGUGUAUCCUUACCAGCCCAUCAGACCAAAGCCAGUCUCUGUUGAGUGAGGACGGUUCUCUGGCAUCGUUCGAUCGAUUUGAGGGUCUGUAUCGCAUCAGUCUGCUCUUUCCCAUACAGCCAGGCCAAUGGAAACUCCAAGCCAAGAGUAACGGACACCUUACAUUUAAUGUCAUAGGUGACAGCAGUGUAGAUUUCCUGUAUUACUUUGCCACGGUAACCAAUGAGACACACCCAGGUCUGGCCAGAGUGGAGGGAAGUCCAGUAGCAGGUGUCCCUGCCUUUCUGGUCCUGGCUGUGACAGGCCUGGCUUCAGACGAGACAGCGUCUUUCAGUCAUGUAACACUGCUGGCAGCUGAUGGGGAGAGCCUCCAGCAGGUGAAGCUGAACUCCUCCUCCUCCUCCUUCUCCUCUUCAUCAUCCUACUCUGUGGAGGAGCUGGUGGGACAGGUGGACUCUGUUCCCAGAAUUCCCUUCUGUGUUCGACUAACAGGCCGAGACAGCAGAGGAAACAAACUGGAGAGGGUUUCCACAGAGAUGGUCCAACCCACUCACGUUCAGAUACAGGUUUUGACUGUCCCCCGUCUGGUACCCGGUCAUAGCACAAUGGUGGAUUUUGACAUCCUGAACCACGGCCCCGCCCAACUCUUCAAUCUGACUGCUGAUGAUGACUGUGGAUAUCUUCAUAAGAGAGGACCUCACAGGUUCCAUGUUGCAGAACAAGGGUCUUUCCGUGGUCAGGUGGACCUCCAUACUCCUGCAACAGCUCAAGCAGGAGCGACUGUCACCCUUACACUCACUGUCCGCGCCCUUAAUUCUCUGAAUUUAAAUUACGCAGUGGCCUACUUGACUGUGAUCCCUCCGGAUCCUGACACUUCCCCACCAUCCUGCUCAGCUGCACGAGUACAGUCCAACUGUUCUUCCAUUUGCAAUGAAUCCACCUGGGGUGUAUCACUAGUCGUGUCAGACAGGGGCCGAUCUGGCCUUGCUGCCCUUCAGCUACAGAAGGGUGAAGGCAUUCUUACUUUAUUCAACAGCCUCCCACCCACAGAGCCCAGCUUAGAAAAGGAGCAGCUUGGCCCCGAACAGCAACAGGCACACAGGGACAAGAUGACCAGUGGAGGCCACCACCACAAAGCCAGAUUAGAGAAAGGAGACCCCCCUUUUAAUGUAUCUGAAUGGGUUGUGGGUUCAUCUCAGCCACUGUGGGUGAGGUACACGUCUAGCUGCUGCUCUGCUCAGGCUGAGCUGCUGGUGUGGGACACAGCUGGAAACAUGAAGCGCUGCCGUCUAUUGUCUGGCCAGCAGAGGCAGCUUAAAAAUUGGAGCACAGAAACCAAUGAAGCUGGACAGACUGCACUCACAGGCAAUUUUUUCCUUUUUUUGGGUCUACUGUGGUCCUCUCUGCUCUAGGCUGAUGUGAUAACAAAUGUUUUGCAGGUCAAAAUAAUCUACGUGUUGAUCAGUAGAUUCCAGGUUCCAAAAUACUUUUUUUGGGGGAGCACAGAAAACUGAAUAAAAAAAUUUAGUUUAAAAUAAACGCACUUAAUGCAAAAAGAUAUUUCUAAAUUGUUGAUUAUAUGCUCGCUACUGUAAUUUGUAAAAGCUACACUGAAUAAAGAAUGAAUCAUGUUAUUAUUACUGUGGAUAACUUGACAUAUUUGGAGUUUCAAAUUCUGAACAUAUGAAAUAACACAGAAUACAUCACUGUCAUG